UCACAACACGCCUAGCUAUAUAUAACAAAGGCAUGCCUCCGAUUUUUGCAUGUUUGACGUCUUUCCCUUUGACUCCCUAGUUUCCUUUCAGCCUCUCGCAUACAAUUACCAUGGUAUUUGAGCCACUUAGACUUGCACUUAGACAGGAUGUAUCCUCGUACUCCUGCACCAACGUUAUCCGUCCGAAGCUCGACAGUUUCCGCAUUACUUCUCGUAUUUCUACGACUCUACUAUUCUGAUCCUGCUUGAUUCAUCUUUUCCCUUUCAACUCGCAUAGGUUUCGCUGCGUACUCGGUAUCAAACCAAUCAAACCGAUGCAUCGAGCUCUAUUCAUCUCUGAAAUACUCUUGGAGAUAUUCAGAUACCUGCACCCAUCGUCCCGCGGGCGACCGGCCUGUCAAAUAUCCACUAGUGUGCCGUCAUGGCCUGGGGGCGGCGUGUUUGCCGACAUAGACCAGUGGGUUGGGUGGGCAUCCCUUGUAGCGCUUGCAAGGACAUGCAAAACCUUCUAUGAGCCCGCAAUGGACUUGAUAUGGGCUAAUAUGGUUGGGAUAGAACCAUUCCUAGGCUGUGUAGCGAGGCUACAUCCAAUGUACUUCGAUUGUGAAGGCAUCGAACCAUUAUCGGGGGACGAGGCCCGUCAAUUCAUGCGUCAUGCUGCCCGUGUGCGCUCGAUGUGUAUACCAUUUUACGAACAUCUUCACCUUCUCAAUAUCCUUCCCACCGAGACGUGCUUGUUCCCGAGAUUGACGUCGUUAACCUGGGAGGUUCCGCGUUCAGAUACCAUUAACUUUCAUCUCUUCCUGUCCCCUACGCUACGCCAUUGUUCAAUAUCGGCUCUUCAUCCAAGUAUGCAAUCUAUCGGAACCCGUUGUGCUGCUUUGGAGCACUUAGCUAUCAAGGCCUCCCAUCGGAGCACAGCAGAUGAACGGUCACUCCUGGCUAGAACCGUUCGUUCGUGCAAGCAGCUCCAAUAUCUGGAUUGUGCACCGCUCGAUUGGGCGACAUGGAACCACCUCUCCAAUGUCCACCCUCUUCUCUCAGUGCGCAUUCGUGACAACGGAUGUCUCCCACUGGAUCGGAGUGAUCUCAAAUUCGCACCUUUCCUCAACAUCGUGACCCUCCAGUUAUAUGUAGAAACGGCUGCAUACCCUAUCGCAGUCAUCCGACACUUAGAAUUCCCCUCUCUAAUAGAGUUCGAGAUGCAUGUCAACAUUCUACCUUGGGCAGAUGCUGAGGAGCUCUUUCGGACACUGUCGCAGUGCAAAUCAUUCCGCCAGACUCUCAAAGACAUCGCUAUAUUCUCAUCUGAUGACGCAGCCCAGGAGCCCUCAUGCAACUCUUUGACGGCGAUUAGACAAUUCCUCUGUUUCCCGCAGCUGCAAACGCUGUGGCUCUCUUGUGAUAACUGCCCCAUCUACCUCGACAACGACCUUCUUUUGGAAGCCAUAUCAAGUUGGCCGCACAUUCGUCAGCUGCAAUUAGGGAGUAACCCAGAUCUUUAUCCUCCACCUGUGGUGACAUUCCGCGGAUUAUUCGCAGCGCUCCGUUUAUGCCCCCAGUUGGAGACCCUGCGAAUAUUGAUCGACGUUGAUGAUAUCGAUAUCGAUCCUGAAGCCGAGUCAUACCAACAUACCUCCUUGACAAGUUUGAAUUUGUGCCUAUCUCACCACGAGGACGCGGACGCCGAAGCUGUCGCACGUAUUAUUUUCUUCAUGCUUCCUGGCAUCGAGCAAGUUGGUCUAGGUGCUGACUGGGAGGAUGGGUGGCACGAGGUCAAUAGGCACCUUGAAUGUUUAAAAUCUUCUGCGGCCCAUGGACAGCGUAUCAUAUAAACAGCCCCGAUAGCUGAGUUUGGGAUGUAGUCAGGUUUUGGAAUUAUCCAACGAAGAAGGAAUAAUUGUCUUCCUGCAAUAUAGUUUUUGUAGACUUGGAGGAGGUUGGAAUUGUCAUAUCAUUGCUGUAAUUGUCGUUGCUA